UUUCCUCAGCUCUGGACAGACCAAGGCCUCAGCCUCAGCUGGCCUGCCACUGACUACCCAAGGCAUUCAGCCAUAGCCAUGGCCUCCCGCUCACUGGAGCAGAGCUGUGCCCAGGAGCAUGCAGGCGGAGCCCUUUAGCACCCUGGAGCAGCCACAAUGGCAGAAAGGAGACAACAUAGGUUCCCCAGGGUCAGUCCUGGCUCUGUAUUCACAACUUCUGGCUGCAAACACAGACUCCACGAGGAAGCAAGAGGUGUGGACAGAAGAGACAUGCCUGGCCUACAGUGCUGGCUCUCCAGCUGAGCAGGUGAAAGCCCUUGUGGAUCUGCUGGCUGGGAAGGGCAGUCAGCUGCUACAAGUCCGGGACAAAAUGCCAGACUCCCCACUAGGAUCCCAGAGCAAUGAGUCAAGGAUACCGAAGCAUUCUGAGGCUCUGCUGAGCAGGGUGGGAAAUGACCCAGAACUGGGCAGCCCCUCACACCGGCUGGCCAGCCUCAUGCUGGUCGAGGGCCUGACAGACCUGCAGCUAAAGGAGCAUGACUUCACACAGGUGGAGGCCACGCGUGGGGUCUGGUGCCCUGCCAGAGCUAUCACCCUGGACAGGCUCUUCCUGCCUCUGUCCCGGGUAUCCAUCCCACCUCGAGUCUCUCUCACCAUUGGAGUGGCUGGCGUGGGCAAGACCACGCUGGUGAGGCAUUUUGUUCAUUGUUGGGCCAGAGGACAGGUGGGCAAGGGCUUCUCACAGGUUCUGCCCUUGACCUUUCGGGAUCUCAACACCUAUGAGAAACUGUCUGCAGACAGACUCAUCCACUCCAUCUUCUCAAGCAUUGGGGAAGCUAGUCUGGUGGCUACAGCCCCAGACAGAGUCCUCCUGGUCCUGGAUGGCUUGGAUGAGUGUAAGACACCCCUGGAAUUCUCCAAUACCAUGGCCUGCUCAGACCCAAAGAAGGAGAUCCAGGUAGACCACCUGAUCACUAACAUCAUUCGAGGCAACCUCUUUCCAGAAAUUUCUGUCUGGAUCACCUCCCGGCCCAGUGCUGCUGGUCAGAUCCCUGGGGGCCUAGUGGACCGGAUGACUGAGAUUCGGGGCCUUACUGAGGAAGAGAUCAAAGUGUGUCUGGAGCAGAUGUUUCCUGAGGAGCAGAACCUCUUAGGUCAGGUCCUUAGUCAAGUGCAGGCCAACAGGGCUCUGUAUCUGAUGUGCACUGUACCAGCCUUUUGUAGGCUCACGGGGCUGGCUCUGGGUCACUUGUAUCGCACCAGGCUGGCCAUCCAAGACAUAGAGCUGCCGUUGCCUCAGACCCUGUGUGAGCUCUACUCUUGGUACUUUAGGAUGGCUCUUGGUGGGGAGGGCCAGGAUAAGGAAAAGGUAAGUCCUAGGAUCAAGCAGGUGACCCAGGGAGCUCGCAAAAUGGUGGGGACAUUGGGCCGCCUGGCCUUCCAUGGGCUGGUCAAGAAGAAAUACGUGUUUUAUGAACAAGACAUGAAGGCAUUUGGAGUGGACCUCGCUCUGUUGCAGAGCACUCUGUGCAGCUGGCUCCUGCAGCGGGAAGAGACCCUGGCCUCCUCCGUAGCUUACUGCUUCAUUCACCUGUCUCUGCAAGAAUUUGUGGCGGCUACAUAUUACUAUAGUGUAUCCAAGAGGGCCAUCUUUGACCUCUUCACUGAGAGUGGCAUGUCCUGGCCCAGACUGGGUUUCCUCGCCCAUUUCAGGUGUGCAGCCCAGCGGGCCACACAAGCUAAAGAUGGGAGGCUGGAUGUGUUCCUGCGCUUCCUCUCUGGCCUCUUGUCCCCAAGGGUCAAUGCUCUGCUGGCCGGCUCCCUGUUGUCCCAAGGUGAGCAUCAGAGCUACCGGGACCAGGUGGCUGAGGUCCUACAAGGCUUCCUUCAUCCUGACGCUGCAGUCUGUGCGAGUGCCAUCAAUAUUUUAUACUGCCUAAGUGAGCUGCGGCACACAGAACUGGCCUGCAGUGUGGAGGAGGCCAUGCGGAGUGGGACCUUGGCUGGGAUGACCAGCCCCUCACACCGCACUGCUCUGGCCUACCUCCUGCAGAUGUCUGAUAUCUGCUCCCCGGAGGCUGACUUCUCCCUGUGUCUCAGCCAGCGUGUCCUCCAGAGCCUGCUGCCCCAGCUGCUCUAUUGUCAAAGCCUCAGGCUGGACAACAACCAGUUCCAGGACCCUGUGAUGGAAUUGCUGGGCAGCGUGCUGAGUGGGAAGGACUGUCGCAUUCGAAAGAUCAGCCUGGCUGAGAAUCAGAUUGGUAACAAAGGAGCCAAAGCCCUGGCCAGAUCUCUCCUGGUUAACAGAAGCCUCAUCACACUGGACCUCCGGAGUAACAGCAUUGGACCACCGGGGGCUAAGGCUUUGGCUGAUGCUCUGAAGAUAAACCGAACGCUAACUUCUCUAAGCCUCCAAAGCAACGUGAUCAAGGAUGACGGUGUCAUGUGCGUGGCUGAGGCCCUGGUCUCCAACCAGACCAUCUCCAUGCUACAGCUACAGAAGAACUUAAUUGGGUUCAUAGGAGCCCAGCAGAUGGCAGAUGCCCUGAAGCAGAACAGGAGCCUGAAAGCACUCAUGUUUUCCAGUAAUACCAUUGGUGACAGAGGUGCCACAGCCCUGGCUGAGGCCCUGAAGGUGAACCAGAUCCUGGAGAACUUAGAUCUACAGAGCAAUUCCAUCAGUGACAUGGGAGUGACGGUGCUGAUGCGAGCCCUCUGCAGUAACCAGACACUCUCCAGUCUCAACCUACGAGAAAACUCCAUCAGCCCAGAGGGAGCCCAGGCCCUCACUCAAGCUCUCUGCAGGAACAACACUCUGAAGCACUUGGACCUGACAGCUAAUCUCCUCCAUGACCAAGGUGCCCAGGCCAUUGCAGUAGCUGUGGGAGAAAACCACUCCCUCACACACCUUCAUCUGCAGUGGAACUUCAUCCAAGCUGGUGCAGCCAGGGCCCUGGGACAAGCACUCCAGCUGAACAGAACCCUGACAACCUUAGACUUACAGGAGAAUGCCAUAGGGGAUGAAGGAGCUUCCUCAGUGGCUGGCGCACUGAAGGUGAACACAACCCUCAUUGCUCUCUACCUACAGGUAGCCUCCAUUGGUAGCCAAGGGGCCCAGGCACUUGGGGAGGCCCUCACUGUGAACAGAACCUUGGAGAUUCUUGACUUACGAGGAAAUGACGUUGGGGCAGCUGGAGCCAAGGCCUUGGCAAAUGCUUUGAAGUUAAACUCCAGUCUCCGAAGACUCAAUCUCCAGGAGAACUCACUGGGGAUGGAUGGGGCCAUAUUUGUUGCCUCUGCACUGUCUGAGAACCACGGUCUGCACCAUAUUAAUCUCCAGGGGAAUCCCAUUGGGGAAUCUGCUGCCAGGAUGAUCUCAGAGGCUAUCAAGACAAAUGCUCCCACAUGCACUGUGGAAAUAUAAGGAAAGUUCCUGGAGGACCAUGCAGAGACUCAGCCAGAAGCUUCUUCUCAGAGGACCUCUGGUCUCUGCAAGUCUUCCUGGAUUCAGAGAUGCUGCUGGGCCAGCUCUCAAGCUGGUCUCAACAGGAGGGGAAGGCGCUCCAGCAGAGUUCACAGGCACCUUGCCUGCCCAGGGCCAGCCAAAGGAAAGAUGGCUACUGUUCUGGGAUGAAGAAGGGAAGGGUCUGCCACCAGGGUCUGGCACUCAGGAGCAAAGUCUCAAAGCUCCACAAAGUAGAAGGCUGGUCCUGGCUUACUCAUUCCCCGGGUCUCCAUAUGACCCAACUCAAAAGAACAAAAAACAACAAGAUAAUCACAGUGUUCCUGCCUGCACACUCACAUGGCUGGAGUGUUCCCACCCUGCACACUCACACAGCUGGCACCAUCAGUCUCUGCAGUGUUCCUGCCCUGCACACUCACACAGCUGGCACCAGUCUUCAAGCCCACUAAGCACAUUAACUUGCCCAAAGGUGACAAUGGGUUCAUUUUUUCAAGAGAAGAAGAAAGUUUUGGGGUGUGACCCUUAGAUACAUAUUGAGAAGAUAUGAGAAAUCUGGGAAGAUAAAUGAAAGGUUAAUGCUAAGACUCUGGAGUAAGGGUUCAGUCUCCACACUCUUUAUACAUCCACCAUGCCUGCCAUAGUUGGCAUCCAGCACACUGGUUGUCCAUAGCGAAUUACGUGUUGAUACCUUGAUGCCAUUAUCCUGAUUUUAAGCUUUCAAAACCUCUACAGUGGCUGUAGCUUCCCCAUGGAGGCAAAUAAGCUAUGCUUCCCUGUGGCAAAUUCCUUCCAUUGUCUGACUGAAACAAGAAAACCUAGGCGAACUAAGGCACUAAGAUAAAUGCUUAUAAAGACCACAAAGUACAGGUGUGGUGGCGCACACCUUUGAUCCCAGCACGUGGGAGGCAGAGGCAGAGGAAUAUGUGAGUUUAAGGCCAG